AACUGAAGUUAGUGCGCGUGCCUCUAUUAUUAGUUACGUAGACUGUAACAGGAGGUGGUUCUUCGGCGCUGGGUGGACGUGGCCGUUCUGCGAAGGACCGAGCCUGGCGAACAGUGUUCGCUGCAAACGUUGCGAUUAUGUUGGACGCACUCGUCAUAAAUAGAAGACACAAUUUGUGGUAAUUGCGGACGACAGCCUGCAUUAAAGACGGGUAACCUUGCUGCGAAGAUGAAGGUAAAUUCAAGCUGCCGUCAGGUGCAAGCCGCAUCCGAUGGAGAUCUUUCCCUCUCGGUCUCAAACGUCGGUCAAUCCGAUUCACCACUUCCCUAUGUUGCGGUCCCAGUUGAUGGAUUCUGACAUGGACUAUGAAAGGCCAAAUGUUGAGACUAUAAAGUGCGUGGUCGUCGGGGACAACGCGGUGGGAAAGACGCGCCUUAUCUGCGCCCGGGCAUGUAACGCCACGCUCACUCAGUACCAGCUGCUCGCCACACACGUUCCCACUGUCUGGGCCAUAGAUCAGUACAGGGUUUGCCAGGAGGUUCUGGAACGUUCCAGGGAUGUGGUGGACGAGGUCAGCGUGUCGCUGCGCCUCUGGGACACUUUCGGGGACCACCACAAGGAUCGGCGUUUUGCCUACGGCAGGUCUGAUGUGGUGGUGCUGUGUUUCUCCAUCGCCAACCCAAACUCCCUGUACCACGUGAAGACCAUGUGGUACCCUGAGAUCAAGCACUUCUGCCCCCGUGCUCCGGUCAUCCUGGUGGGCUGUCAGCUGGACCUGCGCUAUGCUGACCUGGAGGCCGUCAACAGGGCCCGGAGGCCAUUGGCGAGACCCAUUAAAUCCAACGAGAUCCUGCCUCCAGAGAAAGGCAGGGAGGUUGCUAAGGAACUGGGAGUGCCAUAUUAUGAGACCAGUGUUGUGGCACAGUUCGGAGUCAAGGAUGUCUUUGACAACGCCAUCCGUGCAGCCCUGAUCUCACGACGUCACUUGCAGUUUUGGAAGUCCCACCUGCGCAACGUUCAGAGACCCCUCCUCCAGGCCCCCUUCCUGCCACCCAAACCCCCCCCACCCAUAAUCACAGUGCCCCCUCCCCCGACCACCACCGACGAGCACCCGGGCCGCCUUCUGGAAGACUCGUUGUGUGCUGACGUAAUCUUAGUCCUACAGGAGAGACAGAAGAUCUUCGCCCACAAGAUUUAUUUAGCCACGUCCUCCUCCAAGUUCUACGACCUCUUCAUCAUGGACACGCGACCCGAGGAGGCCGAGAGACCCCCCCGGCCGGCCCCUCUCUCCGGACGCGAGCUGCUGAUGCGCGCCGCCAGCUUCGACGUGUGCGAGAGCAGCGCCGAGGGCGGCAGGGCCAACCUGCGAGCCUGCACCAGCGACGGCACCCUGAGGGACUCGGAAGGUCGAGGCCGGCUGCUGUCGUCCUGGAGCAGGGCCUUUGUCAGCAUCCAGGAGGAAGUGGUGGACGACCCAGUGACUUACAGCCCCAGACCCAUGACCGUGGUGCACAUGGACCAGUCCAUGCAGCUGGGGCCUUUCAGGGCUGUGCUGCGCUACCUGUACACGGGUCAGCUGGACGAGCACGAGAAGGAGCUGAUGCACAUUGCGCACAUCGCCGAGCUGCUGGAAGUGUUCGACCUGCGGAUGAUGGUGGCCAACAUUCUCAACAACGAAGCGUUCAUGAACCAGGAAAUCACCAAAGCCUUUCAUGUCCGCCGCACCAACCGAGUUAAAGAAUGCCUAGCCAAAGGAACCUUUUCCGAUGUUGUGUUUAAGCUGGAUGACGGAACGAUUAUGGCCCAUAAACCCUUGCUUAUCUCCAGCUGUGACUGGAUGGCAGCCAUGUUUGGAGGACCAUUUGUGGAGAGUUGCACCAAAGAGGUGUUGUUUCCCAAUACGACGCGCAGCUGCAUGAGGGCCGUGCUGGAAUACCUGUACACCGGACGCUUCUGUUCCCGGGCAGACCUGGACGCCAUGGAACUCAUUGUUCUGGCCAACCGGCUGUGUCUCCCGCACCUCGUUGCCCUGACCGAACUCUAUACAGUGACAGUGCUGAUGGAGACUGCCAUGAUGGGGGCUGAUAUUGAUGGAGAUGUCUUACUGUAUCUGGAGAUGGCCCAGUUCCACUGUGCUCAGCAACUCACUGGCUGGUGCCUCCACCAUAUCUGCACCAACUACAACAGUGUCUGCCGCAAGUUUCCCAGAGACAUGAAGGCCAAGUCCCCAGAGAACCAGGAAUACUUUGAGAAGCAUCGCUGGCCACCAGUAUGGUACCUGAAGGAGGACGACCACUACCAGAGGACACGCAAGGAGCGGGAUAAGGAAGACUACUUGUAUCAGCGCAGACAGUGUAAACGCAAGUGGCUGUUCUGGAACCUUCCUUCAUCUCCUUCUUCAAACUCUCCAUCUGGUUCCUCGGCUGUCAUCUGAUUGGUCCUCCGGGUGUAGGCCAGGGCCUCUAGGGACCAAUGGCAAAGAAGGGUUGUAAACACAAGAUCAGCAAAUUUGGUUGUAGGCCAAAUGGAUUGAUCUGCGCUCUGUAGAUUUGUAGGGUGAGUUAAGUCUAACAAUUAAGAAAUAUUUCACACUUCUUGCUAGCGCAUUAAUUGGAAAGCAAGGACCACUAGACUCGGACUUCAAAGAUCAGUAAAAAACAGUAGUGCUCUUUGUGUUCUCACUGAGGUUAAAUGAGUAGGCUUUGUGACAUCUCCCAUCUAAUCAUUGCUUAACUUGAAUUAACAACCAAGUGUUGCUUAUCAGCUGCACCAGACAAACACCCAAUAACCAGCGCACUCAGUCUCAGUGAUGUAGAACACUCUACUCAUAAGUGUUGUACAAUCUAUAAAACUACAGAAUAUAUAUAGUACAAUUGAUCUAUACCUUCAACAAGAAAUACAAGCUACCAAAUAGCUAUGUUUCUGCAGUUAAUUGUUUUUUUUAUCAUAGAAUAAAACCACUCUGAUUAUAGAAGGUCUAGUAAGACCUGUUCUCUUUUGUACAGUUGUAUAUUUGAAUGUUUGCGUUUACAACAGCUGAGGUUGUUUUCAGUGAGUAUCUACAUUUAUGUUGUGUUCUCUUUGGGAUGUGUGGCUGGCUGUCACAAAAAGGGCUUUAUCUUCAGUUCCAGACCUAUUAUCUUCUUGCAAGACAAAAUUGAAUCUAAUUACGGGAAAUAUCUGUUUCAGUUCAAGUUCAAAAUGCUGGCUUGAACAGAAAUGCCAGCCUGUAUAGUAUAUAUGGAAUGUUAAACUUUGGAAGCAUCUGGAAUGUUGGAAUAUUGACUUGCUUUGUACUGUCAAGUUGUCCUUAAAAUCUCAAUUGUAUAGAUCAGAUCGAAGAAUUUCUUAUAUCAUUAUGGUGAAUGCUUCAACUUGGCCACUGAUAUGAAUAGCAAGACAUUCAUGUCCAGGGCACACCUAUCACUAAUCGAACACAGCCCGUUAUAUAUGUUUGAUGAUAUUCUGUGUGAUUGUCGCAUGACCUGGGGAGAACUGUGUCUUGGACCUGACCUUUGACCAAGCCAUGGCUGUUAAAGGACUCCUCUCAACAUAGAAUAAUCUGAUGUAAUAAUGAUUAUGUAUUCAUUUGGUAGAUGCUUUUAUCUAAAGCAAAAUGCAGGGGUAAUUUGAACCAGGGACAUAUUGGUGUGCUGUCAAAUCUUCUCAGAAUAUAUUUGAAGUGCAUUAGAUCUGUCUUUCAACUGUAGUUAUAUAGAUUUAAACCCAUGGUGCUCAUUGAAUCAUUAGAGUAUUUAUAUAAUUACUUAAGACAGGAUAUUAAGCUAAUUAACAAACAUAGCUAAACUCUAACAUAAAUGUUACCUCAGAGUACAAUUACACAGAAGUACACUAUGUGCCACUAAAGGUGGGACUUGAUAGAAAUAGACUUGCAGAGAAGUAGUUGAAUAUGUUUUGAACUGCUCUGUAGUUUCAUACUACAAAUUAUCAGAGAAAUCCCACAAGGCAAAAUGCUAUGUGGGCAUCUUAAUGCAUAGGGAGAUUAUUUAGAUGGCAUUUUCCUUGAUGAGGUGUGCUAUAGAACACCCUGUAAGAUUAUGAACACACUUGAAUGCAUUUGCUUGUGGUUAAAAAAAAAGUUAAAAUUGCUUUUAGGAUACUUUGCAAAAAGGCUGUCUAAAAUAGAAUAGACGGGAAUGGGACAGAAUAGAAUUAAGAUGUAUUUUUUUUAUUUAUAAAGCAGACCAUGAAGAAGUCCAUACAAGGACCUUUAACUUAACGUAACCGUGACUACAAUGCAGAAGAGAAUGCCUGUAAGGAGAUGUGAGCCUUACCUGCUUAUUAGACUGCAUGAACAAGACUCUUAAGUCUUGUUAGUAACAAGACUCUUAAGUCUUAAAGUGAAUUAUACCAUGUACACUAUUAAGAUUAAAAGGAAAGGACUAGUAUGGACAGUGUUUAUAGACAGUGUUUAUAUGUGUAAAGUGUAACAUGAAAUGAUACAUUACUUAACAUUGCCUACUUUCAAAAUCCAUUAGCAGUUCACUUUUAAAUAUAAUGUACUGUAUGUAAAAACAUUGUUUUGUAGUGAAUGUUUAUUUCUGAAUGUUUGUCUUGACAAGGGAUCUAAAUUUCCUAUCACUCUUGGGUGGUCUCCUUAAAGUUCAUCAUAAAAAAUCUAAACACUAUUUUGCUGUCCUAUCUGUAUAUUUCCCACAUUAUGUAAUUAAAUCUUAUGUUUGGAAUUUGAACAUUUUGAACAAUACUGUAUGAUUAGCCUAACUGAUAUUCACUCGUGAAAAUUAUAUCCACAAAUCUGUUACAUUAUGGAAAAACACCAAUUUUGUGAGACCCCCAAACUAGAACCCUGGUCAUGGCAAAUUAUGAUGCAAAACUAUCAAGGUGUUUGUUUUGUGGGAAAACGUUUCUCUAUUAGUAAUUAUUCCAAAAUGCCAAUUAAUUUGUAAAUUCGGUAUUAUUGUUUUAAUCUAUACUCAAUAGAAUGUAUAGACAGUUUGACCUCAGCAGUUUAAUUUCAAUUUUUCUUUUUGUAGAUUACGAUGAUGUAUUCCACGUGACAAUCUUUUACCUUCUAUGAAUUCAUAUUUAAGUUAAAAUUGCAGAUGUACCCUCCUCUACUGAUGCGCUGCGUCAAGAGACACCUCAUGCCUUAAUGUGUGUGACACUGAAUGUAAAUAUUGUGACUGGUCCCGAGUUUGUGUAGCCUAUAGCCUAUGAUGUACCAGCAUCAUGGUACUGUAUGUUGUGUUCUUUAGUGUAUCCUAGGCUACAUAUUCCUACAUAUCUCAGCUUGAAGUUAGUGUGAACACUGGGGAUCGUAAGAGUGCGCUUUGUUUGUUAGCUUGAACUGUGAUUAAAUAUUUUGUCCGUUUUCUCAUGUCGUUAAAGCUCAAAUUUGAGAAAUUACACAUUUUACAAUCAGUUUGGAACCCCCCCCCCUACAUUAAAUUAAAGCAGGGAUUAAUUCAAAAUUCAUUAGCUUCACAUUAAAUGUUAUCAUUUCAGUGGAUGGCUUGUGGACAUUAAACAUUGAUUAGAAUCAAAAUAAUUGAUCAUAGGCAAUUGUUUAUGUCAGUUGGAAGGAAAGCAUGCAUUGGCACGUCAGCAUCUAUGCUGGCUUGAUCUUGGGAUGUUUACACAUUAUGUAGCCUGAUUCAUUUGCAGUAGCCUUAUACGGCUGCUCAUGUUUGGAUUUAUAUUACAGGCUAGAAAAAUAAUAUGCUCUUAAGAGACCCCUUCCAUGUGUCUGGGUGCUAAUUUUACCGCUGCAAAGCACAAACCAAAGGGAGCUUAUAGCAUUCAACAUAGGCCUAUAUAUAUCGAUAUUCUGCAGAGUAAAUUGCAUAGUUUAAGAUGCAUUGUAUUUAAAUGGCUGGUUUUAAAACUUGAAUGUUUUCUCAGUGUUAAAAGCCUUGCCGACAUUUUCCCUCGUCAACAGGUAGCCUAUAGUUGUUGUUGAAGUAUGUCUGUAUUGUUUGAGAGCAGUAAAUAUGGAUUUCUGUAGCAUGUGUUCUUGCAAUUUGUAAAUAAUGUUUAUUUAAUAAUAAAGUAGCACACUUUCAACC